AUGGACAACCAGAAUCAGACGACACCUUGUCCCACCAGCGACAAGGUGGAUUGGGAUGAUGACUAUUAUGAUUAUUAUUAUGAUGAUACGAAGGAUUUAAUUCGCGCAUCGAAAUUCAAGCGGGACAAUGAUGAUAACGAGGAACCGGAGAGUUCUCAUUAUGGUUUCAUGACUUAUAUCGAGGCACAUUCGAAUGAUGAUGAAGAAAAUGGCGAUGGGACGAGAAUCCACUUGCUGCGGCGCGAGAGAUAG